GCACAGCAUCAACAACUGUUCGUCAGAAUCCGUUAAUCUACCAAAGAAUGCACAGCAAUGAUUCAGACAAAGAUGGAGCCAAUGGAUCAACAUCGGGUACGGGCCGUGUCUCAGAUUGACUAGAUAGCCCCUCGGUGCAAACAUCACAAAAAAAUCUUAAUUUCCCCAACAAAUUUCGCAAAUCAUCGAGUCCCGCACGCAAAUGGCCAAAUGGUUCACCUGGUCGCAAUCACAUUCAAGCACAAAAUAAACUUGUUGCAAUGCCAACCAAUCAGUUCGGUCUAGCCGGUUCAGCUCAACGCAGUCCAUGUGGCAUGCGUCGAAGCUCAGCUGCUGGUAUUACACAUCAUCGACCGCCAUUGCCACCAAGUACCAUUGGCAAGCGAAGCCAAAGUCUCGAUGGGCUACUCGACACAGCGAAUAACAAAUGCACAACAAUUGAUAACAUUAACACCGAGGGGGCCUCGGACGAUACACCCAACACACUAACAACAACUGACAGUCACACUCACACCAGUUAUGAUACAACCGAUUCUAUCAAUCAAACAUCAACUAAUCACCGCCGUUCACGCAGCCUAGAAGAUUUACUUGAUGAACGAGACGAAAUUCAUUCAAACUAUGACAGCCACUCGAAGAGUGUAGAUAGUUCAAUCGAUACACUAUCAAUGACAACCGAACCAAGCACCGAAUUGGUCAAAGACGAUGAAACAGGUGAUAAAGCUGAUACAUCCAGCAUCGGUUCUGCAUCGUCAUUAAAUCCAUCGCAAACGGAAAAGCCGUGCAGCUGUGAAACGAUUACCGUUCAAAAUACGGUUCCACAGUCAAAUGAGACCGAUUCUAGUGUCGCUGCUGCUCGUCCAGUCGAUGAUGACAGAGUGUCGAAUUUAACCGCCUACAGUCGCCAAGGAUCAACUACGUCGAAGGACAGUGAUAAUAAGAAGAAAACAUUUUUAAAUCGUUAUGUGAAGAAAGUUAAAUCUUUUAUUAAGAAGUGAGAUUAAGGGAGGAAUGAGAUGAUUCUUCUGAAAUCUUUUUUUUUAAUUUAACAGACACAGCCGUCCUAUAUAGAAAACUGUUGACUAUAUUCAAGAUAGCAAUUGAGAUAUGAGUUCGAUUUCGAUGAUUUUUUUUUGUUUUUAGUUUUUUUUUGUGGUCUUGUUCCAUUUUUUGUUUCUUCAUUUUGUUGAGGGUGGAUGGCUCAAUGAAUUUUAAAGGAUUUCUUGCUACUUCUUCUUUUUUGUAUAGACCAUCGGACAUCGUACAUUUCGAUUGAAUAUAAGAUUACGAUUUAUAUUUAAUUGCAAAUCCAAACUAACAUUUUUUUUGUUCGUCAAUUUUAGUUUUGUAAACGAAUUUUCUAAACAAAAAAAAAAACGAAAAUAAAAUUUCACAAAGAAAAUAUUAUUUGUCGAGUACCUGGUUGAUGAAUGUUUUAAUGUACAUUCUGUUUUGGAAUGAGAAUUGCACGAAAAAAAUAUAAAAAUUAAAAAAUCUUAAAAAAAACGAAAAAUCACAAAAUCAUUUGAAAUGUUUAGUUAAAAAAUGUUUAUUUAAUACUAAUCUAGAGUUUAGAACCAAUUUUCGAUGUUUAACUUUUAACUUUAUUUUUUACAAAAACAAAACCAAUUGCGUUCCACUUGAUGUGGUUUUUGAAAAAAAAAAUGAUGACAAAUCUCUCAUAUGUAAGGAAAAUGGAAAAAGAGGAAAAGCUAUUUUUUAGUAAGAUUUUCUUAAAUUAUAAGAAAAGAAAUUUCUAAACAAAAAUGUCCAAAAUUCGUUUACUAAAAAAUCAUGCAAAUUAACAACCAAUUUACACACGCUCCUUUUUGCUUUUAUAUAAAAAUAACGUUUACGUUUACUGUAGGAACAUUAGUUGUAAUUUUUUAUUUAAUUUUAUUUCCAUUUUUGUCUAAUAUUUGUUUAUAUAGUAAAAAUACACACAAAAUAUAUUAAAUAAAAAUUUCAUGUUAUUCAACAUUAAGA